AUGCUUCAGGUACACUUGAUGGCGGAAAAGGUGACAAUAUGGUCUUUUUUAAUCAACCUCCAAGUGUCAGGCUUUUGUCUGAUAAGUCCAUCGUCAAACUGGUCCCCCAACGCUGCACAAAGUUUUGUAGAGAGGCAAAGCAUUGCUUGCUCCGAUAUUUCUUGUAACGGAACAUAUCCGGAUGCAUGCUGGUGCUCUACACCAUUCACAAGAACUUUGUCUAAGAAUGGAGACAUCCAGAGAAACAAGUUUCUGAUGCUAGAUCCGUUUACUGGGAUCAUGAGCUACCAAAAAUACAAAGGGGAGACAUUAAAUAAGAUGGUUGUCUGUUAUGCACAUUCAGCUGAAGGGCCAGUUUCUUCUUCUGCUUCUCCUGACCCAUGGGCGCACUCCUUCUACACUUCUUUAAGCCGCAUGAAAGCCAUUUUGCAACUUAGAGAUCGCAGAAGCUCGCUCACAAGAUACAAUUCUGGCCACACUCUGCCUCAGCUUCAGAGUUUGCCUCCUCCAGCGGCCUUUAAGGUUAAGUUUCACAAGUGUGCGCAGGUGUUUGCUCAAUCUGACCCUCCACGGCUGAUUUUCUUCCUGCUCAUUCACAACCUGAGCCCAGUGGGUGGCACAAACCUCUCACAGGUGGCCAUUCGAGACUCCAUAAAUGGAUUAGUACCUCCAAAAACUGGAGGCAAGGUUGUGGAGAAAGGAUACCAAAUGUUUGCCAUUGAUUCUCUGUCUGCGGGAUCCCAAAUUGUUUUUAACUAUACAACUCUAAUAAGAAGUCAAAAAAGCGGAGUUUUGGACCUUCCAGCUUUUCUCACCUUCUCCAACUUAUCACAGAACGAUGUCAGCAUGUUUGGUCCAUUGAGAGCUAAUCUGACGCUUCGUGUUAAUUCCACAGAGAAGAUUCAUCCAAACCACGGUGUGCACUUUGCUGGAUUUGUUGCUGGGUUUUUUGUUUCUUUUGCACUGCUUUUACUGGGCUUUCUGGCUGUGAACUUGAUUGGUCCGAGAACCAGACUGAAUCUUCUUCAGCAAAAGAAAAACAGGAGCAUUCCAGACCCUGAGUAUGCAGACUGCAACUUGACUGAGACUGUUAAAGAUGAGGCAACUUUCGAAGACAAAAUUGUUGAUAUCAUGGUGCUGGAGGAACCACAGAACAUGAACCAGGCACUUGAGAACCUUGAAAUGGCCACACUGUUGCACGCCACCAACAGCCUGGAGACUACUCGGAUUCAGAUCUACAAGGAUGUUCUCUCUGUCCUGCUGGGAAGACUGCGGUCUAAUGGCCAUGUCAGCAUCCAAGCCCAGCAAAGACUUCUCAGCGUGCUCCAUGGGCAGUUGCUGGGUAUGGAGGGCCGGCUGAAGGAGGAACGAGGUGCCCGCAUGGCUGUGCUUGCAGCCAAGUGUAACCAGGAGACCCGGGAGGAGAUGGAAGCAGAGCAUCGGAAGGAGGCUGCAGAGAAGGCCCACGCUGAGCUGAUGUGUCAACAUGCAGAUCAACAGGAGCUCCUCCAGUGUAGUGUCCUGCUGGAGAAACAACACAAACUGAGCCAGGCUAACCUUCAGCGCAUUUUAUUGGUCCGCCAUGAAGAGGCCUCAGCAAAAGUCCAGAGGCAAAUUAUUGAGUGGCGGCGUGUGGAGCUUCAUAAGAUCUUCUCUGAGGAGCUGGAGGAAGCCACAAAGAUGGGCGAGUUGGAGAAGACUGCUGCUAAUAAUCUUCAGCACAGUUACCUUCAGUGUCAGGAUCUGCUGGAGGAGACUCUGGAUGUCAUCCUUGCCAAUUGGCGUUAUGUGCUAGCUGAGCGUCACGCACAGAGGAAGUUCCUGUUACACAGCCUGCACAGCCUCAAUGGUCUCAUUUCUGACACAUUCUCUGGCACCUCCAGCAACUUAGACAGGAUGUUUACGCACAUCAGAAGAGGGAGCAUAGUGCCUGCUGAACAGUUGACUCACCUCAAGGAAAAAGCCCAAAAGGAUCUGGUGAUGGUGAGGCAGAGACUGGAUGAUGCUUUGAGCCAAGAGAGGAGAGCCAUGCGCUGUGGACUUGUAAAGAAGAGAAGGGAGCUUAUCUCUGACAUGCUUAGGGUCCACGUGCAGAGACAGAAAGACUUGUCUGGCCUUUCUAAGAAUCAGGACGGGAACAUAGAAGUCGCCGAACAUCUGUCCUGUUGGAAGGACCUGCUGACAACUCAUAGCUUGGAGCUUGCUGAGCUCAUCAAUAAUUUAGACGAGGAAGCUGCUGCUGACAUUCGCAAGGUAACGAUGCGAGUAAUUCAGAGCUCCAUGGCAGAUGUCAAAGCCAUUCAGCCCAAUGCAACACAGGCCCUGCUCGCAAUCCUGCCACCAAGCGUUCAACAUUCACUGCUGCAGGUAGAAUCAGAAUCAGGCCAAGGAGGGAGCGCACUCCUGCAGAGCCAAGAGAGGCUGCAACAGGAAGGCAAAGCAGCCUUACACACUCUUAGCACCACAAGAGAGAGGCUUAACAGAGCCAUGGAGAGGGAGCUGCAAGAACAGAAGGAGCUCAGGGCUCACUGUAGAGCUUUCUUCAGGUGUUUGUGCUCAUCUCAGCUGACUCUGUCUGAGGACGAGCGCCUGGGGAUUAAACUUGAGUUCCAGAAGCAUCUUUCUGUCAUGGACCGAUGCCUCAUGCUGCCUCAUGCUGUUUCCAGAACUAAAGUCCACACCCACCUCACACUUUGGAGGAAGGACAAUGAACAACAAAUGGUGAAUCCAAAUUUGGGCAAGAAAGCCAGUCUGAAAACACAAAACAUGUCCAACGUAGUUCACUUACAGAAGAAGCUUCAAGACCAGAUCCAACUGUUUGAGGAGGAGAGGGCAAGGGAGAUGGAUAAUGGUGUCAUAAACAAGGUUGAGGAGGAGAUGAGGGAGGAGAGAGAGGAAUAUUUACGUGCGCAGGCUGACAGUCUGGCAGUGCAGAUGGCUGCCGUUCACUACCGAAAAGCUGAGAGGAGGACCAAAGCCUUGGAGACGUCCAGAGCACUACUCACUCUGCAAAGCCUGCUCAUUCAUCACCUUCAGGAGACAAAAAGUCUGACGAAACAAGAAAUGGCAUCAAGUAUACAAAGGCACUUCCUGGGCCUUGAGGAAGCAGAAAAACGACUUCAGGAGGAAAAUAGAGAGCUGGACCAGCUGGAAAGUGUUCACUGGUCAACUCAAACCCACGCAGAGGACAGUGAUUCAGCAGAGGAAUAUGAUGAGGAGGAGCUGUUCAGUCUGCAACCGGAGAGCCGAAUGUCAACCAUCCUUGAGGAGGCUCUUAAUAAGUGUCAUCAAGUAACCACUGUAUUGGCUACGAGGUUGCAGCAGAUGUCAACGGACAUUCAGACGAUGGAAGAUCUAAGAGAACAAAUGGCACUCAAGAGGCUCUAUUCAAACUGCGACCAGGACCUCCUUUUUGCAUCACAACUAGCAAAACAGUGCCAGAUGUCUGUUGAGAUUCUCCUCGAACUUCUCCGUCUACUGCUCCCCACAAUGUCCGAGAGUGAACUUCUUUCCAUCACUGAUGCUCUCUGUCCCAAACAGCAUCUUUGUUCCUCGUCCACAGACCAGGAGCAUUUGGCGCCGAAUCUGCACCUUCCUGUCAAACUGAAGGAGGACCUUGUACACAGAAGUAUGCUGAACAUGCCAAAAGUGGAAAUGGAACGAUCGCACAGACUGCGGGAAAAGAGGCAAAGCCUAAUGGAAAGACUUCUUCCCACUUCUCGUCUGCCACUUGCGGUAAAAGGGAAGGAGGACAGCUUUACGAAGGAACCGCUGCCCGUGUAUAAAUCAGCCAUCAAUGAAAACACACAGCGGCACAUUGAGGCUCCCAAUCAAAGCGACAAGGAACGAGGCAAUGAAACACUGCACAGCUCAGCUGAAGACAUGAUUCCAACCUCUGCCAAUGUGGAAGUGAUCUGCCAGCCCACUGGUGAAAGGCUGUUUGUCUUUCGAGAUCCAUCUCAAUCCCACAUUAGUAGCAACUCUCCCAAGAGAAAAAGGAAAAGGAACUUCCUCAAUUUCAAGAAAGGCUGUGUGGCUCCAACACCCCAAACGUGA